GACCCCUGUCUCGCGGCGCGGGCUGGGCGGGAUGGAUGGGGCGGCUGAGCGGCAGGGUUGGCGCGAAGCUCCUCCCGUGCCGCUGUCGUGCCGCGGGUGCCUCGAACUUUGCGAGCCGCUUGGUGGUGCGCCGCCGUUAUCGCUGCUGUGUUGUUGCGCUGAUGAAUAAUGGGGCUUGCUUUGACUUUGGUGGCUGCCGCUUCAUCUUUUUGCCUUGGGGGUGUUGGUGGAACUAUGUACUCGUAUGAGUAGGAGGGACAGAGAGAGGUUUGGUGUUGUGGUCGCUUUACCUGCCCUCCGCGUACGGAGGAGUUUUGUUACGCGGACGAGGACGCGCUCCCGCUGCUCCUACACGUCUGGCCUGGGGUACGGAUUAGAGGAGCCAACCAACCAGCUACCCGGUAGCUACUCACCAGCUAUCCAGCCACCAGCCAACUCACACCCUCUCACCCUCCACCACACGACCAAUACACCACCACCACCAACCCGGCACCCGGCGCCCAACCACCCACUCCCACACUCCCGCACUCACGCACUCACGCACUCACGCACUCACCCAACCCACCCAAAACGCAGCAUCACGCAACCCCGCCCCGCGAUCGCCACUCCCUCACGCACUCGCGCACUCACGCACUCAUGCACUCACGCACUCACGUACGCAUCCCGACGUCAUCGCCGCCCAGUACCACCUCUACUUCCGAGUACCUACAUACGACCCUCCUCACCGCGGCAACACACCCUCCCCCAAGCCAAUGCCAGAGCGUCUGCACGAUCACGAUCAGUGAUCUGCGUCCAUGAUCGCUGGCAUCGUAAGGGAUCGCUGGCAGCAUCAAUGAUCGCCGGCGGCAGGGGCGAGGGCCUGUUGCUGGUGCUGCUGGUGCUGGUGCUGCUGCUCAGGGCAUGUGAGACGCGGGCUCGGGCUCGGGGCGCAGAAGGCGCAUGGAAGCGGCAUGGAAGACGGGGGAACGGCCAAGGCUACGGCUACAGCUACGCGCGAUGACGGCGGUGGUGGUAGUGAGUGAGUGAGUGAUCUUCGCUGCUGCUUGCUUGCUGC